AGGAAUUGGAUGGAGCCGCCGCGUCUUCUCUCCGGCUCACAGGAGGAGAAACACGCUUUUCUCGCUGGUGUACAGUACUCAACCGUUUGUUCUUAAAAUACAACAUCCUUUUUAACCUUUUAUUUUUCCUCUUUUCUACGCGAAACCAAGUUUUCGGACGGGAAAAACCCGGGGAAACGGAGAGUUUUACGCAUUGAGCGGAACCAGGAACGAGCGUCUUUUUUGUUCUUCAGUCGAAUACAGGAUAUUUCUCAUCUCGAGGAUUACAAGCUGUGCAUUACCACUUUAAAUAGGCGGGAUGCGUUAAAGGAUUUCCCCCUCUAUCGUAAUUAGGAGGCUGUUUCACCCGCUUCUUUGUCCUGAGCGCACAGACUCUGCGUAUUGGCGUAAAACGGUCUCCGCGCAAAAAGAGAAGGAUCUCGGAUUUGAAUUUGACCCAGACAAACUGUACCGAUGCCAACACAGAGUCUCCACCAGAGACCUUGGAUGUAGUCAAGAACUGAGCUGCUGCAUGUCUCCUGUCAUCCUCAUUUCCCCCCCGGUAUGGCGAUUUACUGGAAGUAGUCUUCAAAGUAGGAGGAUGGCUUCUUACUCUCCCCCAGGUUACAGCCUGAUCCCCCUCCAUGCUUAAUGGCACAGUGACAGUCCGACGCUUUUGUGAAGGUUAAGCAUGACUGCGGCAGCCGGUGUGCUAACAGGCUUGGCCAAGCUAAAACGCCAGGACUCUGCCCGCUCUCAGCUUCGACCCGGACAGCCUACAUCCCCCGGUGUGGGGAACCCCGUCCCAGAGACUGCUCCCAGAAAAAGAAAACGACGCACCGAUGUUGUGGUGGUACGUGGCCGGCUCCGCCUCUACUCCGCCUCUGGGUUUUUCCUCCUCCUUGGACUGGUCAUCUUAGGCAUAGGGAUCUGCAUGGCGACCCUGGGUUACUGGCCGCAUGGGGAAACCACCCCCUUGGCCAAAUCAGCGACUGGAGAGGGAUCGAAGACUGCAGCAGCUGGAGGAGACAAGUCAUCUUCCACAGGUGAAGGAGAUGGAGCCAAGAUGUCCGUCACAGAGAGGGGUACUGCCUCCAAGCAGACAGGGGGGGCUCUGACGAGGUUCCUGGAACAGCAUCUUCACUCGGAGCGGAUGAAGAUGUUCGGGCCUUUCACCAUGGGCAUCGGGAUUUUUAUCUUUAUUUGUGCUAAUGCCAUUCUUCAUGAAAACAGAGACAGAGAAACAAAGAUCAUCCACAUGAGAGACAUGUACUCCACAGUUAUUGACAUCCAUCGCCUCAGGCAGAAGGAGCAAAAACAACAACACCGCAACAGCGCCUAUGCAAGAGAAGGCUUCGGAGUUGAUAACGCAGCUCGACGGGCCAGCAACUCCCUCCUGGCGUUCUCCUCUCGGGCUGGAGGAGGCUCUACAGAGGAGGAGGUGCUGUUGGGUGACGAGUUUUACAGACAGAGAGAGCAGGCUAGGUUGGAUUGUAGCUUUGCGGGGCUACUAGCGCCGCUCUACAAAGAUCGGCCCAUCUGUGGGACCGGGCUGGGUCGCUCAGAUUCCAUGCACCAUCAGUGGUCGGUGGACGGAGACGGAGAGAAGGGAGGACACCAUGCUCGCUCUAUCGUCUCCUCCUCCAUCUCUGCUUUUACUCUCCCUGUUAUAAAGCUCAACAACUGCGUUAUUGAUGAGCCAGAGAUGGAGGUGAUCACUGAGGAGGACAGGGCAGGAGAGAGGAGAGACAGGGAGAGGGCGCAGCCCCUGAGCUCCAUGGAGUCCCUGGUGGUCCCCAUAGCAUCGGUUGCCAAGGCCUCCAAACCGCCGAGUUUACACCGAAGUAACUCGGCCUCCUCCUCAUCCCACUGCUCCUCCAUGUCCUCGUCCUCCCUCUCCCCGGCUCCCUCCUCUACCUCAGGCUGCUGGCUCUCCCCGGGAGCGGCCAGGAGUGACUUUGGCUCCAACAACUCUCUGCACAUGCUCAGCAGCCACUCCAAAUCUCUGGACCUGGAGCGCGGGGCGUGCAUGCUCAGCGUGCACCCGGAGCAGCGCAAGCACCCCAGCUGGCCCCGCCUGGACCGCAGCAACAGCAGCCGCAGUAUCAGCGGCAACCGGAGCAACAGUAAAGGUUACAUGCGGCUGGAGGACAGGGAGGAGCAAGGGGAGCGGCUGCUGGACGCGUCACCGGCCGCGCAAGCGAGGCGCGACUACAGCAAGCGCGAGAAGCUGCUGAUGAUAUCGAGGUCGCAUAACAAUCUGAGCUUUGAACACGAGGAGUUUCACAGCAACACACUGAAGAGAGGCAGCUCUGAGACUCGAUUCUGAACUGAAGGUUGAGGACAGUUCGGUCCUGUUCUGUAAAUUGCUCUGAAGACAGUGCGAGUGAUUGUUUGAGGGCGACCUGACCAGGGUAACAGCUGCACCCUGGAGGGAGGAAACUCAAACGUGGGUUCACAACACUUUUUCUGAGCAGCAGGCUGAGGAACAGUGAGUAAUGGACCAUUUUGCUCAGUGAAAGGAUCAGGACCUGGUCCGGAGGUGCUGUUCUGUAGCCGUCACCGACCUGUGACCUUUGUGGAAUAUCUCCCUUUAGGGAUUAAUAUAAAUAAAUCACGUUACACCAUCAGUCUGCUUUAUACAAGAAUAGUUUAAAGAAAGUUUGACACAAAGCUUUAGGAUCAAUGCCGCUUCAGCAUAACAGUCUUUGAAAAUUGCUUUUCUUCAAGUGUGACAGACUUUAACUCCAAUGGGGAAAUCAAGGACAUGAUGGAAAUGUGUGAGCAAUUUAUCUCAGUGACAUACACUCAAACAUUUUUAUAACACAGUCAAUGCCCAUAACCAGCAAAAGAGAAGAAGCUCUGAGACAAUAAAAAUAAUUAUGAGGAUUUGUACCAAAAGCAUCUUUGAAAACAAAGCUACAAAGUGCUAUUUAGGGUGGUAUACAAUUAGAAUUUCAACUAAUCUACAACCAUCUGACAACUAAAUUAGACCAAGUGACAACUUACUGCCUGGUGCAAACCCUGAGGAAGAACAUGUAUGAAGUAACAAGGGACUCAAGAUAUAGAUAUUAGUGGGGAGGAAUAUGUUUUCUGGGUGGCUUCUGUAUGUUUGUGUUUGUCUGAUGAUUGUAGUAGAUGUAGAAACUGGGCCACACAAACAGCAGUUAAGGCAAAAACAGCACAGAUACAAGAGUCAAAGCUGCUAAGCUGCAAAAUAUAAUAACAGAGUCCAUGUUAGCCUGAGGUUACAAUGAGGCCGCCCCUUUCUCUAGAAAUAUAGUGUGAACGGUUUUGUAUGUCCACUACUGAAAACUAUCUUGAUUGAUUUCACUCAGGAUAAGCAGUCUGUUAUAUAUAUAUAUAUAUAUUGGUAACCUUGGUAUGAACCAAUGUUCAGUAUCAGGGAAAACCCUUCUAUUUGAAAACGUGUGGACUUGAGUAUGACCAGCAGCCUGAGAUGAUUUAUUUUGAACACAUUCGCUAAAGCUCAAAGUGAUGUGUAGAGCUUGCGCACUUCAAAUGAAUAUUCAUGAAAGAAGUUAUUUUCUUUAUUAAAUAAAAAGUCACAUUUGUCUCUAGAAUAAUUGUGAGACAAAUAUCUGAAUAAACUAGAGAUUUUCCAAUUCCCUUUUUGCCUUCCCGAUACUGAUUCGGAUACCUGGACUUGGCGUAUUGAUAUUGGUAACCAAUUGCUAUCAUUGUUGUACAGCCUACUGUUAUUGUUGUUACUGGCAUCACUUGUGCAACCCAAGAAAACUGAAAUCGCGGUUUUAGUUGUGGGACUCUCCAGUGUGAAAUAUUGCCAAAUCGCCAAAUUUUAGCUUGCUCUAGCUAAGGCUAAACAAGCAAAAAAAAACAAACACUUCUAUGCUAUUCUACUAGCCAGUGGCAGUACAGCACAACUGCUUUGGAGCAACUAGGAAUGAGGGAUUUCCAGGAAAAGAAAUGUAAGUUUCAUCUGAACUAAAAUACUUGAAAAUAUGGUAUCGGACUAGAGGCUCUACUGGAGGCUUGUCGGAGGUAUUAUCAGUGUUUUCAGUAUUGGAACAUCUCCAGUAAAAUAUCAUAGAUCUAGGGAUAAUGGUAUAAUGUCAGCUGUGCCGUUAUUAUAUAAAAUCUGUCCCAGAUGACAUUUUUACAAACUUUCUUGAGGGGUUUGUUCAAUACUCGCAAGAUAAAGAAAGUCCCAUGAUUGAGUUCUGGAAUACAGCUUCUGAGCAACAUAGUAUUAAUGUCUCAUCAAAUUUGACAUUACGCUAACACGUAUUGAAAAGGUUUAUUAUUAGUGAAGCCACUUCACUUGUCUUUAUUUAUGAGCCAAUAGAUGUUGGUCAAUAGCUGUGUUUCAGGUACAGUUUGGUUCGGCAGCUUUUCUACCUUACAAUUUUAGAAAUUCUACCUUAUUAAAGUUCAAAACGUCUCAAACUGCUAAUUUUAAUUCAAUUCACAUCCUGUUAUUUUGAAAUCUAUCCUGAUGUGUGUGGAGAAAGACAGAGCCACUUUCCAGAGCCAUACCACAGAGCUUAACUAACUGGUUCCCUGCAGUUUCUGGGUCAAUGUCCCAUUUUAUCCUUUCUCAAAAUAAACUGUAUUUUCACU